UCCAAGACUAAUACCAGAAUGGAUUCCAUAUAAUAAUCUACAAAAUAUUGAAUACUUAACAAAAGGUGGAUUUUCAGAAAUUUAUACGGCAAUACGGAUUAAUGGGAAUUUUGCUGAAUGGGAUUCUGAAGGGCAACAAUUAAAGAGAUUUGGAAGCCAAAUUGUAGUACUUAAAAGAUUAGAAAAUGUUGAAAAUGCAAAUCAAAAUUGGAUUGAAGAGGUUUGUAAUCUGAAUAUUAAAACAGUUGACAAAUUAAUUUGAAAAUUUUAUAAUGGUUUAUUUUAUAGGCUAAAUCACAUUUAAAUAUAAGCAAUAAAUGGAGUGAUAUUGCCCAAUGUUAUGGAUUAACACAAGAUCCAUCAAAUAGAGAUUAUAUGCUUGUAAUGAAUAAAUUUUAUAUAGACUUAAGAAAAUAUUUACAACAAAAUCAUAAAAAACUUACAUGGAAAGAAAGAAUCCAAAUUAUUACUGAUAUAAUAAGUGCACUUAGAAGGAUUCACGAUGAAAAUGCAAUUCAUAGAGAUUUGCAUUCUGGAAAUAUAUUAUUUAAAGAUAGAUUUUUUAUUAGUGAUCUUGGAUUUUGUGGACCUGCAGAUAAACCAUUAAAAAGUAUAUAUGGAAAUCUUCCUUAUAUGGCAACUGAGGUUAUUAUUGGAAAAGAACAGACUUUUAAAUCCGAUAUUUAUAGUAUUGCAAUGCUUAUGUGGGAAGUUUCAUCAGGACAACCACCAUUUAAUAAUUAUGAACAUGAUUAUGAUCUAGCAAUGAAUGUUGUUAAUGGCAUAAGACCAAAAAUUGUACCAGGAACUCCUUCAGAAUAUAAAAAUUUAAUGAAGCAAUGUUGGGAUGCUGAUCCAUCAAAAAGACCUGAUACUAUUACACUUGAAAAUAAAAUUAAAGAUAUUAAUUUAUUUUAUCAAAGUAAAUCAAAUGAAUCAUUAACCCAACUAGAAGAAAAUAAUAAUUUUGAUAUGGAAAAUUGUACCAGCAGUAGCAAACUAUUUACAAGUAAACUUCAUCAAUUUGAUAAUCUUCCUGAACCAAGAAAUGCGACAGAAGAAGAACAAGAAGCAUUUCAUAGUAAUAAAUCUUAUGUUUUUUAUAUUCCUAAUAAUAUUGAUGAUUUUAAUAAAUCAAGUAGUAAGAAAAAUAGUACUUCAAAAGUAAAUAGCAUAUUUAAAGAUGAUGAUUAUAAGGUUGAAUCAAUGCGAAAGCGAAUAAAGAAACUUCAUAUUAAUGAUAAUGAUGAAGUUGAAGCACAUAAUAAUCCAAAUCUUCAUUCAGAAGAACAAGAUGAAUUGGAACUUCCUGAAAAUAUUUAAAUACAGAAGAAUUACAAAUUAGAUAACCGACAUUAUUACACCUGAUUUUUUUUUCUUAUCAUAAAUUAUUUAAACACUAUGACUUGAUGAGAUUUCUACAAGAUUCUUAAUUUGUAAUUUGAAUAGUUUAUUUUUUUAUUUUUUAUUUUUUUUUUUAUCUUUAUGUUAUUUAUAUUAGUAAAAUAUCAUAUGUGCAA